CAUCGCGCGUCCAACAUGGCUACCACCAGCAACACGACGACAAGCGCCGGUGAAACGAACGGCAGUAACGUGCCACAGUGGAAAAGAGACUUGAUACAGCGUCGUAGGCAACAAAACAAAGUUCUCGCGAGUAACGGGGCCAGUGUGAAGCUAUGUUCCGCAGUAAUUGGCUCGUCGACGACAACAACGAGUGGAACAACAGAAUUCAUUGAUUCGACCGGUGUCCAAGAACAGUGUAUAGCCGGCAAUGUGUCAUCGAGAACGCGGACGACGAGCAGCGGAGAAGAUAGUGUGAACAUGGUGAAUAUAUCGAGUGUUAACGGUAGUAGUGGUGGAAGCGCCAUAGCUGGUGUCGUAUCAUCUUCGCCGUUUUUCUCAAGAGGACCGGCGUGUGGCGCCAUCGUCAGCAGCGGAACAACCGCCACUACGGACGUUGCCUCGACAGUCGCGUGCAACAUGCGUCUCGAAGUGGAUCUUUCGUUCUGCUCCGACUCGGAGGAUGUUGCGAACGAUAUGAUGAGUAAGUCGUCGACGGACAUGGAACGAAAAUCGGAACAAGGUGACGGUUUGGAAAUCGAAGAAUCCAAGCAGGACGGGAAAGGCAGUGAUUUGUUGUCAAAUUGCGACGAGCAUCGUGGCUGUAGAAGCAACAAAGUGGAGAGAGAUCUUCUUGCGGAUUUGGCGAAAAUGAAAACUGGUAAAAUCGAAACAGAAAUGGCGAGGAAUCGAGAGGCGAGUGACGACGGUGAAAGCGACAGUUCGGAAGAGCUGCAAUACGGACCGGGAAUAGUGAAUAAAUUAAAGAGCAAAUAUCUUAACCUCACUCUCAAAGAGAUGAACAAGAAUCGCGUCUCGGUGCAACGUUUUAGACGCGCAGCGAGUCUCGAGGAUCUUUUGGAUUGUGAUGAGGAACAUGGGGAGAAAAACGUGAGAAAAUACACGAAACGAACGACUAAUGGUGCUGCCGCGAAAACUGACAGGUAUAGAAAUGCUUCCCGCGGCAAUGAAUCGAUGAAACGAGCACGAAGCGUCGAAACGUUACUGAGGUACAAUGGGGCAGAUGAAGUUGGUAGUACCCACGGUAUAUCCCACGGUCGUGCUACCACGACGAAUGGUUUGAAACAGGAACCGGUCAACGAUCAUAUUAUCCUGAUCGAUCGUAACCCGGUGAAAAUAGAAAGUCGAUUGAGCGAGCUGGACAGGCCGAAACCCGUGAACAAACCGAAGAGGAUCAAACCGUUGUUGGCGGAAACGGAAAGGCCGCCCCCGGAUCUAGUCAAGACGACGAUGAGGAUCUUCGAGGGAUCCGCGAGGAAGUUGAAACCAAAAGGCGAAGUUGCCGCGAAAGUGGCCACGUUUAAAACGAUCAACGACACGUUUAAGGCGCAGGCACAGAAGAAGGUAGGGCCGAAACCACCUAUUCAACCUAAACCAUUUGUAAACGGGAAUUCCAGGCCGAUUCCAACUUCCCCGAAGAAGAUCGUGUUGCCGCAGAAACCUACGGCGGAGUUGAUCGAGACUCAGGACGGGCAGGAAGAGUAUCACAUCGAUGGCGUAAUCACGGAUCCCAUAGUGCAGUCUGUGUCCUCGGUGGUCAGCAAAUUCCAGCAGAUCGAGAAGUCGCAUUCCCCGUCCCCGUCGCCCGAGCCAUCCUUCAAAUUGAAAUUCUCGCCCGCGCCCAGUCCCGAGCCUCAAUUAAGUAAAUUAAAAUCCUCUCUGGAGAUCAGCAUCAAAUCACCGCCCGUAACGCCCGUUCUUUCCCCCAGAAUAUCCUCGCCCAGGUUGCAGAGCCCUUCGUCCCCGAUGAAGGACGCGCUUAGGCAGAGCUCGCCGCGCGUGCACAGCCCGCCAUCCCCGAUGAAGGAUCUGACCAGACAGAAUUCCAGUCCCGUCCACAAACCGCCUCCGAGUCCUAGCAGGGAGUUGUUCAGACAAACGUCCAUGCCCGACAAUGGAAAGCUGUCGCGGCAGCAACAAAUCGAGGAGAAUGGGAACAUAGUGAGCAUCGUGGAACAUCCUAGGCAGCAACAGCCUACGGAGAGGAUACAGAGUCCGACUGAACGAGAGAAGAUUGAGGAUAAGUCGCCGAUCGACAACGCGAAUCACAGCGACGAUGAGCACGAGCGAGAGGAAAUGGAUGGCCCGAAGACGAUCUCGAAAACGGCGUUGGAGAAUAUCGCGAGAACCGGCGUCACCAUGCAAUUUUGCUUUAGCGAUAAACCGAUAUCCAAUAAGAGUUACUUGCCUGGAUUCAAACAGAAUGGGCAGAAACCAAUGGACGAGCAAAAUCAACCGGACACACGAACAGAAACGAAGUUGUCGUCGCUAGAAUCCCGGGGCAAGUCGUUUUUGUCCGGAGGUUCCGCGAACGUUGUAACGGAUCAAGAGACAGUCUCCAGGCUGCAAGAGAGAUUAGAGUUGGACAACAAGAACGACAGGAAGAACGAGGAUGUUAAGGAGGAGACGGAGACCAAAGCGAACGUUGAAACGAAACCAAUCGGUGCUAUCUGCAGUCUGGGUUUGAUCAAGUCCUCGACCAACAGUUCGUAUCCGCAGGGAAACGAGUCGAAGACGAUAAGAUGCCAAAAGACCGAGUCCCCUCCCCAGAAACAGAUAGGGAUAAUCAGACCUCUCGUAUCCACCAAGACGCAACAUCCUCAGCAAAAUCUGAGCAAUCGAGAGUUGGAGAAGAAUCUGAUCAAUCGAGUGAAGAGCAUAGAACAACCAACCAAAGUAGUGGUUAGCUUGAAGAGCGCGGACGAAAUUCAACCUGCUAAAAAGUCGAAUUCAGGUGGCGCCGGAUUAUGGGAGACGAAACCUUGGAACCAGCAAAACAAUACCAUGGUGUUCAAUUUCAGUAACCGGAAGGAGGUACCCGAUUAUAUCGAGAACGAUGGACUCAUCAUUAAGAAGAAACGGGAGAAGCCGAAGGUCGGCGACGGUGGUAUCAUAGUCUUGGACGCCACGUUGGACGCGUCGACGACAGACGAUGGUGAAUGGGAGCUCAGCGGUGGUCCACCGUCCCCUUGCGACGUGUCGUUCUGCAACGACAAUGUUCUCAUCAAUGGACGCAGUAAUCUCUCGAGGACACCGAGAAAUCACAAGCAUCGAAUACAAUUUGAUGACACGGCUACCCGUACCUUCGAAUAUCCAAGCGAGGCAUCGAUGCUGGAGGGUGAGAGUAAUGUGGAUGGUGAAACUUCCGGUUCCGUCGAGCAAUCAACUCCGAUCAGUAAUAAAACGUCCUCGACCAAUUCGGCUACCAGCAUGUCAACCCUACUCGGUGGUAGUGGUGGCCUAGCCAAUUACACUCCUAGCAAAGUCGAUUUGACGUCAGAAGGAUUCGAAUUGGGUGUAACCAGAGCGAUGUCUUCGAACUUGGUGGCAACUUCGACAUCAUCGUGCCCGGUAACCACGACAACAUCUCAAUCAGAGAACGAAACCGAAGUGGAUUACCUGAAACCAGCUCAAGACGCGGGUGCAUGGGGUUCUGAAACAACCGGUGAUCUGCUCUAUUGACGCGACUGAAAAAAGCCGAGGAAAAUACGCGUGAAGCGAGAAAUAUAUUGCUAAAAGCUCAAAGCUCUCGAAUUAGAGCGAGGAAUCUAAAAAUUCCGACUAAUUACUCAGAAGACUAAUUGCAAAAAAAAAAAAAGAAAAAAAAGAAUUUUUCUUUCCUUUUUUUCGUAGGGACGAAAGGAAGAGUCUUUUAUAGAGAAGCGAAUGAUUAUUAUAGGAAAAGAAAAAAAAAAUAAUGUUCGAGGUUUUUUCAAGCGCUCUCGAACGAACGUCAACGUGACGAUUGCUCACCUUACCAUUAUAAGAGAAACUGUAACUUUUCAAGAAAUGCAUCACGCGACGUGUUCACGAUCGAGAUAAAUUAUAUUUACAUAGGAUAGUUCGGUAUCAUAAGAACUAUGCGCAAUACUUUUUCAAUAUAAAGGAUGAAUCAAAAAAAAAAAGGGGGGCAAAAAAGGAAAAUAUAAGAAUCCAUUCGUGAACGCGUCGAAAGAGAAGCAAUCCUUUCUUAGAUAGUUAAGCUGGAAAAACAAUUCAGCAUCAUUCCAAGUAUAUGCAUUUACUUUGUAUUAUUACGAUUAUUAACGAAGUGAACAGACUUUUCCUAAGUAACUGUGUAACUGAAACUGCCAAGACGCAUCAGUGCUUUUUUUUUCUUUUUUGAUAGCACUUUAAACGGAGAGCCCAGUGAUCGGUGAAAACAGAAAAGAAAGAAAGAAAAAAACGAGCAUAUCAUCUUUUUGGUAUACUUUUUUAUAACAAACGAAGAGAAGUCGACGAUGGAACUGAAAAUUUUGUACCCUUUUUGAGAUUACUUUAACGCUAAGCCGUUUAACGUUCAAGCUGUCAAUCAAAAGUCAGAGUUUUAUGCAAGAUUUUAAAAAAAAAAAAAGGAAAAAAAUUAUUGAUUGAAUGUAAAAAAAAAUCGAUCAAGAAAAAAACAUUAAAAAUUUCGAAUUUAAAGUUUUGUAAAAGAUUUAGCCAAAGUAGAGUAUAAGUCUACUUAAUAUAUUUAAUAUUAUAUAUAUAUAUAUACAAUAAGUCGACGUUUUGGUCCAGGAAUAAUCUUGCAAUUGUAAAUUCCGAAAAAUUCAUUAUUUAUAUAAAUAUAUGUUAAAUCAUACCAAUAUCUUUUAUAGAUGCUCAAGAUAAGAUAUUAGAUACGUAUGCGGUAUAAUUUUGUUGAGUUUAUUUCGUUUUUUGUUUCUUAUACAUUUGGACGAGGACCAAACAAAAAAAAUCAAUAUGUAAUAGAUAUAAAAAUUACGAGAAAAAAUUAAUUUGUUAAUAACGAAUGUUAAUUUUAAGCAAAUCAAAUUUUGUAUAUACUAAAUUAUUAUCAAUCUCAAAGUUUCGUUUAAUUUAUGCUAUAUAAUUUAAAUUACUUUGAGAUUGAUUUAUUAUGUGUAUUUUUGUUUCUUUUUCGUUGUCCAUAAUAUUUGAAGUGGUAAUACAAACGUCGAAAAAUUAAAAAUAUUAUGUUGAUUCGCGUAAGUGUUUGAAGUAUGAUUGCGACAGUAUGGUUAACUUUCAAUUAGAAUUUAAUCGCGUGAUCGCGGACUGAUUCAAGAAUAAACGUGCGAUAUGAUGAUAAUAAUUAACGAUAAACAUACAUCUAUACAUUGAAAUAACAAUUGUGUUCUAAUUUCCGUCAGUAUUUAAUAAAUAUUGUUAUUCCGAUUGCGUAUUUCGAGACGCAAUCAUUUUUUCAUUUAAUUUUACAUUGUCAUUUGAUCGAUGCUUGAUGGGUCUGUGUCACAGCGUUACAUUUUACACUGUGAUAUUUUUAUUAUUUUUUCAUAAUAAUGAUAUGUAUAAUUGCUUCCAAAUAUUUUAAGAAACCAGUACCGUGUCGACCGAUCAGUUUGUAUUUUCAUAAUACUACAUAACGGAGUGAACGAGAUUACGAUGAUUGAAACAUUCCAAAUUCUAAAAUCAUGCAUUUUUGCUUUCAAUCUGAUCGCACGAUUGUGAAUCGAUGUAAUCUCGCUACUCCGAUUGAGGGAACUCCGUAUUAUUUCUGUAAAUUAUCGCUGUACAGUAUGGAAAGGCAUCGUCAUUCAAGUAAAGGAUUAAAAGGAAAUAGUAUAUUAAGAUUAUCCUUCUUAUUAUUAUUAUUCUUAUGAUUAUUCUCAUUAUUAUUAUUAUUGUCAUUAUUAUCCGAAGCUUGAAGACACAAUUACCUUAUUGAGUAUA